AUGGAAUCCCAUCUUGAGAAACAAAAUGGAGAUGUGCUUCAAAAAUCUUUCAAAGAGAUGAUAUCUACUCUCCCUAAAGAGAAUCGUUGGGGUUUUCUUGAAGAUUAUUAUCAAUAUCAAGGUUUUUGGAUCUCCCCGUCUUUUCUACAAGGAGCGUUGUCGGCUCAACAACAAUUCCAGGCUCAACCCACUGAUGUCAUCCUUUGUAGCUCUCUAAGAACAGGCACAGCCUGGUUAAAAUCCCUCACUUUUGCCACUAUUACAAGAACUUUAUACAAUGAUUCCCCCACCCCUUUACUUUCCAAGCUGCCUCAUGAUGUUGUGCCUUUCAUGGAGUUCAAGCUUGCCCAGUUUUCCACUAAUCGACAUCUUGGAAUUCCUCUUUUAGCCACUCAUCUUCCUUAUUCCUUCUUACCCAGAUCUAUAAUUGAUUCUGGUUGCAAAAUUAUUUACAUUUGCCGGGACCCCAAAGAUACAUUUGUUUCAUUAUAUCAUUUCAUUGCACGGCACUGCAAAUCCCAAAAUGCUCAACCCAUUCAACUUGAUGAAGCGUUCGAAUUGUUUUAUGAAGGUGUAAGUCCGUAUGGGCCAUAUUGGGACCAUGUUUUGGGGUACUGGAAAGCAAGUUUGGAACAUCCAGACAAGUUAAUGUUCUUGAAAUAUGAAGAACUGGUUGAAGAUACUGUUUUGUAUCUUAAGAAAACAGCAGAGUUUAUGGGUUAUCCUUUCUCGUCAGAGGAACAACAACAAGGGGUGCCUGAAAACAUUGUACAGCUGUGCAGUUUCGACAAUUUAAGUGGCUUGGAAGUAAAUAAAACCGGGAAACAUUGUCGAGGGCAAGGAAAUUGGGAGAUGGAAAAUAACAUUUUCUUCCGGAAGGGGAAGGUUGGAGACUGGAAGAAUUAUUUGACCACUGAAAUGGCUCAACGUUUAGACCAACGAACACUGCAAAAGUUGAGCGGUUCAGGUUUAAGUCUCUAA